GGCAUGGAUCGGCCAGCGCCGAUCACUGUGGUUAACGACUGCGUUACAUUUCCUCGAAGUCUGAACAGGAUUCAGCUUUCUUCGUCGAUACGUUGAUACAGAGCAGACAAUGGCAGGCACGAAGGAGCUUCCCGCCAUCGAGACUAAGUUACCGUCUGACGAGCUACAACGAACCACAUCUAUAACCCUGGACGGUCAUGGCAAUACUAUCAUCACCCGAAAGGAUGGCGAGACGUUCGAGAUCUCCGAGAAGGCAGAACGUGCUCUGCUCUGGAAGUUUGACCUCAGGAUCCUGCCUCUGCUGGCAUGCAUGUACCUGUUCAACGCUCUCGACAAGUCGAACCUGGGCAACGCAAAGACGGCGGGUCUGGAAAAAGACCUAGGGAUGGCAGGCACGAACAAGUACAACAUACUCCUCAGCAUCUUCUUCAUUCCAUAUGUCCUCACGGCUCCGUUUCUCGGAAUCCUUGGCAAGAUGUACGGCCCAAGCAGGGUGCUUCCAUGCAUGAUGUUCACCUUUGGAACGAUGACGCUGCUUACUGUCGCGGCGUACAACUUCAGCGGCCUGCUUGCCUUGCGCUGGUUUCUGGGUAUGGCUGAAAGCGCCUUCUUUCCAUUGGUCAUCUAUUACCAAACACAGUUCUAUCGCCGUGGCGAGCUGGCCCGGCGUCUUGCAAUCUUCUAUGCAGCAUCCAACAUUGCUUACGCUUUCGGCGGACUACUCGCGUUUGGCGUGUUCCACAUUAAGCGAGGCGUCCUACCUAGUUGGAAGUAUCUCUUUGUCAUUGAAGGUUCGCUGUCGAUGGCAAUGGCGGUUGUAGCCUUCAUCUUCCUCCCGCGAUCUGCUGCAUCUGCGUGGUUUCUGAGUCCUGAGGAGAAGAAGCUGGCAUUCUACCGCAUUCAGAUCGACUCGUCUGCCAUUGUCGAAGAGAAGUUCGAGCUUCGUGAAGCGGCAAAGAUUCUGAACCAUUGGACGAGCUGGCUCAUCCUAGCCAUCGAAAUGUGCUUGGGCAUUCCGCUGCAGUCAGUAUCUCUGUUCCUACCGCAAAUCGUUGCUCGGUUGGGCUACAGCACAGUCAAGACAAACCUCUACACGGUAGCGCCUAACAUCACUGGAGCUGCAAUGCUGCUUGUCCUUGCCUUCGCAUCGGACUAUUCUCGGUGGCGCUUUCCAUUUAUCGCUCUUGGCUUCCUUUUCACCUUCUGCGGGAUGAUCAUCUACGCCAGCAUCGACGUGCUGCACGAGAAGACGGUGGCGUACUUUGCCUGCUUCAUGAUGACCUGGGGCACGUCAGCGCCAUCGGUGCUGUUGGACGUGUGGUACAAUAACAACAUUGCGGAUGAGAAUCGUCGACUCCUGCUGACCAGUAUUGGCGUGCCGGUUGCGAAUGUCAUGGGUGUCGUUUCUUCCAACAUCUUUCGCAACCGGGAUGCGCCGCAAUACAUCCCAGCACUGUCUACAACUGCGGCGUUCGGUGCGCUUGGCCUUGUGCUGACGCUGGUAUUGGGCGGAUACAUGAUCAUCGACAAUGGUCGCCGCGAUCGUAAACAAGGCCGCAGACUGCGGGCGCGCGAUGUCCCCACCGAGCUUCUCCGAGAUGGUCCCGCCUGCGAUGACUUCCGGUGGUUUUACUAAGGUGUUUGUGUUUGGCGACGCUCAAGGCUGUCGGGUGGUAGAUACUGACACUGUACUGUGGCGUAAAGAUGGCAACUGGUUGAGACAGUGCGUUCUUGGUAGAGUAGGCAUAGAUAGCGGCGUUUCCAGAUCCUG